GCGACAGUGGACAGUUACAGCCCGUCUACCUUCGGGACCAGCACUCUAGUAGGACGACGAGACUACAACAUGAAAUCUGCACAACCCAAAGAUGUACACCUCAUAGAAGACCGCCUCCUUACCAACAUCGCCCUGAGAACCCCAAAUAUUGCAAUUGUUAUAUGAAAAUCAAGGAGUUCACAGACAGCCUGCAAUUGUAAGUGAUAGCCACCAUUCCAAGAAGGAUUUUCUUCAUGGAGUCAACAAGUUUCGUUAGAAUUAGAAAGGAAGGAUUUGGAAAGUAUCAAUUCUACUCUAAAUUUGGCGACAUUGAAAUAAACAACAUGGCGGUUGGAACUGAUCGUCUCGGGCUAAGUGAACAGAAACUUUUUCAAAUUGUGCGUGAAAAUCUUCCCAAUUUGAAUCUUAAAACAAGGAAUAUUAUAGAAUGCAAAGAAGAUAUAUUAUUUGUGUGGAGUUCCAAGGACAGUUGCGUUCUGACGCUGAAUUUGAAGACUUCGAAGGAUGCCGAUGCUGAUAGCCCAACUCACCAGGCCUCUGCGUCCAGAUUAUCUGUGGGGUCUACCCAGUCUGCUAUCGCAUGGGCGUUGGUGGCCCCUGGGACUCUGAUGCCAACAGAUCCGCCAUCUUUUGAAGUGGAACGCCUGACGGUGAAUGGUAUGACGUCCCAACUUGCCAUAGUGGGGCCUAGAGGCGUCGCGGUGUUGGAUCUGCCGAGACGCUGGGGCAAAGGAGCGAACUUUCAAGGUGGAAAACUCACCAUCACCUGCAGAUGCCGCAUAUUGGACGAGAGGUUCUUCAUGUGUAGCCCGCAGGUGGAGGUGAGGCGAGUCCGCUGGCACCCUGGUUCGCCCACCGAUUCGCUACUCUUCGUACUCACGUCGGAGAACUCUCUUCGACUGUACGAGACGGGCAGCAUUGAGCCACAGCUUCAACAGGUGUGGCCGCUGGGUCGCCGGUCCUCCGCGACGCUCAGCAGCGUCACUCGUCUUCCGUUCUUGGUUGGACUCGGAGACGCGGCAGUUGAUUUCGAUUUCGCCCCACCCGUUCCUUCAGUAAAAGAACGUCCAAAAGAUGGUGCAGCCGGACGAUUUGACCCAAAUACCGUCGUUUGGCCAGUGCUUGUAUUACGCGGGAAUGGUGAUGUAUAUUCAGUGACGUCACCCAUAACAGCUGAUAGUUCACAGAAACCGACGGUGCACGGGCCACUCUCCAUGUAUCCGCCAGCAGAUGACAACUACGGGGUAGAUGCUUGCUCCAUUCUGUGCUUGCAGAGUGUGCCACCAGUUGUGGUAAUCGCUACCUGUUCUGCCACCCUCUACCACUGCGUGUUACUCACCUGCGCAGACGAUGAUGACGAAGACAACGGUCACGAUAAAAGAUCGUCAUGGUCACAGUAUGGAUCUACCUACAGUCUUCAUACGCCUCACAUUGCGCUGCAUGUUCUUGAGUCAGUUGAGCUGGAGCUGGGACUAGCACUCGAUGAUGAUGACGACGAUGACACGUACACAUGUCCCAUUUAUCUGCAUCAUGACAGUGGAACAGAAUCAAGGUAUUUAUGUACACAUGACACGGGUGUCCAUUUGAUGUCUCUACAUUUUGUUAUGCAUCUGAUGGAAUUCGCCAAAGCCCGUGAUGAUUCACUGCCUUUGGAACUUCUGAAUCAGCCGAGUUCAGCCGAGUACCUCAUCUGCACUCGGAUGUCUUCCUCGUCUCCUCUGUCACCGAUCCUGGGGCUUGCUAUCGCUUCACUCCCUUCAGUUCUCAUUGCUCUGCUGAGUUCAGGAGAGGUGGUUAGCCUAAACAUGGCGCCGGCCCCACUUCUACAGCUGUUACCUGUACGCACGUUGAACAGAACCAUUACUUAUGGAAAAGAUGAUUCAUUUUCACCUCUCAAAGUGAAUGUUUCUGGAAGAAACAGUUCACAGAAACCGACGGUGCACGGGCCACUCUCCAUGUAUCCGCCAGCAGAUGACAACUACGGGGUAGAUGCUUGCUCCAUUCUGUGCUUGCAGAGUGUGCCACCAGUUGUGGUAAUCGCUACCUGUUCUGCCACCCUCUACCACUGCGUGUUACUCACCUGCGCAGACGAUGAUGACGAAGACAACGGUCACGAUAAAAGAUCGUCAUGGUCACAGUAUGGAUCUACCUACAGUCUUCAUACGCCUCACAUUGCGCUGCAUGUUCUUGAGUCAGUUGAGCUGGAGCUGGGACUAGCACUCGAUGAUGAUGACGACGAUGACACGUACACAUGUCCCAUUUAUCUGCAUCAUGACAGUGGAACAGAAUCAAGGUAUUUAUGUACACAUGACACGGGUGUCCAUUUGAUGUCUCUACAUUUUGUUAUGCAUCUGAUGGAAUUCGCCAAAGCCCGUGAUGAUUCACUGCCUUUGGAACUUCUGAAUCAGCCGAGUUCAGCCGAGUACCUCAUCUGCACUCGGAUGUCUUCCUCGUCUCCUCUGUCACCGAUCCUGGGGCUUGCUAUCGCUUCACUCCCUUCAGUUCUCAUUGCUCUGCUGAGUUCAGGAGAGGUGGUUAGCCUAAACAUGGCGCCGGCCCCACUUCUACAGCUGUUACCUGUACGCACGUUGAACAGAACCAUUACUUAUGGAAAAGAUGAUUCAUUUUCACCUCUCAAAGUGUUAUUGAAGGAGUCGUUCGAUGUUCACAUCAAAAAGUUUUUGAAGCGUAACAUUACGCAACCAAUUCUAAAAUUGGGACCAAGUGCCGAUCCUUCUCCUCAAGAAUGUAUGGAGUUGGUAAGCAGAACCACUCAGCUUUUUCGAGAAGAAUACUUACAGAGACAUGAUCGUGUUAGAGAAGAAUUUGAAAGAAGGGUUCGGACACUGCAGACUCUGAAACGGCAUCAGCUACAGGAGUUGGAGCACAUGAAACAGCAGAAAGUGAAUCUCAAACAAACAGCCGAACAGCUCGCAGAAAAAUAUGAGGAUACAAAGGAUAAGCAAGAGGGAUUAACUAAAAGGGCUGAACAUGCUCUACACCUAGUGUGCCAACGCCAGCCAGUUUUGUCGUCAGGUGAUAAGAAGCUUUUGCGAGAUGCGAAGGGGUUCAAAGACCUCUUCAGAGAAUUCCAGAAGUCUUUCGAACAAAUGAAGGCAAAACAAAAAUAUUACAAAUUACAGAUGGAACAGUGGGUGUCAAGUCAGAAGUUAGGGGAGUCAUUUUUGAGACAACCUCAAAUGAAGAACGUCAAAGCUGAAGUGGCUCAGAUGACUACAGAGAUUGCCGACCUUAUAAAAAUGGUUGAAAUCUGUAAACGUGAAAUGGGCUUGUGAUUUUUCUUAGCCCGUGAAGGUUAUAAUUCAUAUGAGGAUUGUUUCCUUGUUUAAUGUUUAGGUCUGCAGUUUGUCAUAAGUAGGAAGUGGGGUUAUGUAAGUUGAUGAUUUUGAUAUGGAAUUACUUUACAAAAAGGUUUAUUAAAAGUGUUUUAGUAGUA